AUGGAUGUGACAAAGCUGAACUAUCUAAAAACCAUCGACAUCGCUGAAGGGGAAAUCAGAUUCGAUCAACUGGACUUGUCCACAUCGGUUGUCCUGAGGACUCAAUUGACCAGCAUUAUCUGUAAUGGCGACGUGGGCCAAUCAAUGGAGAUCCUCUUCCAUGUUUCUUCCUACAGGCAGCUGGAAGAGAAAAGGGACACCCGACGGGCAGGAGUGGGAGCUGAAAUCAAGGGCAAAGUUCCAGCCGGUACGGAGGAGAACGGCCAAGGCCCUGAUAAUGGAGUCAUUCCCACGCCAGAUCUAUGGCGACUACCUGGGCAUGUGAUAGGGGACAUACUCUUCUAUCUGGAUGACUACAAGUCCACGAAAAUAACGCUGGAUAAACAGCUGCUCAACUUCACGUCAUUGCCUGCGUUCCAAAAUAAUAGAAGCUUGGAGUAUCAGACGGCUGAUGAAGAACUUCUGUGCGCUGAUGUCGAUAGAAUUAUAAAGAACCACCCAGAUAAAUUCCAGAACUACGUUGACUGUAAACUGAAAUUCUUUACCAACGGCACUGAACCUCACGUGAACUACGAGAUUACAUUCGAGGGCGAGAAGAACCCAGCACAACUUCUCGAGGAAUACAACAACAUUCUUCUUAAGGAGCUGCCCAAGGAACGCUAUGACCGUUGGCUUGGUUACCGACUCGGAGACCUGCUCAUCUACUACCAGAACUUCACGGACUUUACCGAAGUUCCGCUUAAGUUCCGAGUCCUCAAUCUGACAUGGACGGAGGAUCUGGCGUCUUCCAACUCACCAAAAUUCAGACUGCAUGCUGAGCGGUUCUGCUCUGACAUCAACCGAUUGUUGCGCGCAAGACCCGAUUUAUUCACUCAAUACGAUAAAUGCAAGGUUGUACAGUUUGGUAAGAGCCCAGUCAGCAUCGAGAUCCUGCUGGAGUUCAGCGGUCGGGUUUCCAUACCGGCCAUGCAGCAAUUGGCGGCCACGGUGAUUUUCGAAGACACGCCUAGAUACCGUUAUAACCAAGUCGUUGGUCAUCUUAUUGGAGAUCUGCUGGUCUAUUAUGCCGAUCUGCUGCUGUACCACUAUAAUAUUCCGUUCGAUGCCUGGUUGUACAACAGCACUCAGAAGAUGUACGGCUAUCCAUGGCGUGACGAGGAGAGACUGUGGGACAGCAACUCACCGAAAUUCAAGGAAAUUGAAGCUGCUUUCUGUAACGAGAUGGACAGAGUGUUCAAAGCUGCCCCUAUCGCUGGCAAUCCCAACAAGGAACGCUAUUACCGCUGCUUCAUUGACAAUUUCCAGCGUAACUUCGACCCAGAGGCACCCGUGUCGUUCACAUACUCGCUUGUGUUUAACGGCACCGAGCCGCUGAUUAAGCAAGAAAUAGACGACAUGAUCACCGCCAACAUCGAGGUGUACGACAUUGGCUCCAGCAAGUGGUUCCUCAUCGGCCAACAGUGGCUCAUCAACGAGCAGAAGUGGGACGAGAUCAAGAUCAACAUCUCAGACUACCUGAUCAACCUGAUUGCCACGACGCCGACACCUGAUAUCAAAAAUCACGAGGAGCCAUUUACGUUCCGCCUUAUGAACUUCACAAUGACACCCGCGUUAGCAGAUACCUCCUCCGCCCAAUUCCAGUCGUUAGCGUCGAGGUUCUGCACCUACCUUGACGGUCAAUACAAAAAUCGUGCAGAGCUUGAGUACCUUAAUUGUGGAGUCAAACGAUUUUACACGGAACCUGGACGUGGAACCCAGCACGUGGACUUCAUCCUUACCUUCCGCGGUGACAAAGCCAACGACCCCGCGCUGCGAAACAAGAUUAUCGACAUUAUUAUUGAGAACGCUCACCGCGAGGCGAUCAACAAUAGGAUAGCCCUCGUGGUUGGGCCACUAUUCGUGGCCGAAGACUCGCUCCAGGCAGAUGCGGUGGUCAGCGGAUCAACCACGUCGCCAUUAGCCAACCCAUGCGCCCCGGACAAGUCCGGCGUUACCCUUCCUGACCCCAAUGACAAAGCGAGCUACUUCAUCUGCUACCAGGGAUCCGGUAUCGGUUCCAAGUGCAGCGCGCCAAAGGUGUUCGAUGCGAGUAAGAGCGUGUGCGUCAACCCGUAGUCAUGGAAAUGAUCGAAUGACCUGGGUGUAUUAGAGACGACAAAGUGAAAGCAAAUAAAAUGAUUACUGAAGAAAGACAUUACAAAAAGACAUUGCAGUGAAUACAAUACAGAAUUGCCUUAAUGCUUUGAAAAGUACUGUGUACUAGUUUUUAUUAAAAAAGACGAAUAUAUUUUUGACGUUUUAUGUUUUUUCAAUGAUUUCACAUUCAAUAAUUUAUGUCAAAAUCUUAAUAUUGUCUAUGUACAUAUGUUUCGUUUACUUAUUGACCUAUAAAUAUAUAAAUUAAUUGAUGAUUUUUAUGUUUGAUUUACCAAUAUUUGAUGUUAUGAAGUGUAAUUUAAUAAAAUUGACAGCAAUA